UAAUGGUAACACUAUCAAUUCUUUAUGAAUCGGCGAGGCGGUGAUCCGGUGAACGUGCUAAAUUGAGUCGUGAAAUCGGAAAAAUUGUGUCCAUAGAAACUGAAGUAUAAUCAAUUACUUUACAAAUUGAAUUACUUAAAAAGUGUAACUUGUGAAUAUUCAUCAUGAGCGAAACUGCAACCCCACCACCCGUUUUAUGGGCCCAGCGGAAAGAAGAUGUAUUCCUCACGUUUAGCGUCGAAUCAAAAGACCCCACAAUUAAAAUAGAAAAAGAUUCGGUAUAUUUCAAAGGCUUAAAUGCACAAGACAAUAAAACACACGAGGUAACUAUACCUUUAUACGAUGCCGUGGUUCCUGAUACUAGCGCUUUCGUAAAUAAAGGCAGGUGCAUAGAAAUGGUAUUGCGCAAAGAAAAGAAGGAUGCUCCUUACUGGCCGUCGUUAACGAAAGACAAGAAGAAGCCGCACUAUCUGAAGAUCGACUUUAAUAAGUGGAGAGAUGAAGAUGACGAGGAGGAGGAAGGUGGAGGUGCUAUGAACUACGAUAUAGAAGAAAUGCUGCGGUCAAUGGGCGGCGGUGGUGGCGGGCUCGGUGGAGCCGGUGACAAGACCGAAAAACCGUCGUUCGACGACCUGGAGAGCGAUUCUGAUGACGAAAACCUACCCGAUCUGGAAUAACAGAACCGAUAUUUAACAUCAGUGUUUAACAUUUACAGUACAUUAUGUAUGUUAAGGUUUUUACGGUUAUAAUAAAAUUUUGCCAAAAAUGUUGUUAAUUUGCAUUUAAAGGAAUUGCUAAUUUGGA